UCCAGCUGUUUCCGAUUGUUCUUACCCUCUGGAAGCACAAAUUAAAACUUCACAACUAACACAAAAUGCAGGCUUUACAGUAACUUACAAUAACACUUAUAAAGUUGUUAAUAAUUUACGAACAAACGAGGUUUAUAUCCUUUAUUGCAGCGCUUCUGCACCAAAUGUCUCCGAUAUACCUGCUCCCAAGUAUUUCCAAGUACCUUUACUAAAUGUUUAUUCUUCGAUAAGAUACGUCAAUAACAUUGCAAGCAUUACAUCCCCUUGUCUACGAAAGAAUAUAGAAAAUCAGUCUGUUCAAAAUUUCAAUUGGAGUGAUACUGCGAACGUUGAUGUCGUCUUUUUAAACCCUUCACAGGCAACUAAUGAUAAUAAGAAUGUGAUUAUAAGCAUAGGUGAUGAUCUUACUCCACUUCAGAAAUUAGAGUGGGUCAAAUUCUAUUCGCUUUUCUUUGACAAGGAGGCUGAUGUCACACGAAGUGUCGAAUAUUUACAAAAUAAUUAUCAAUGUAAUACCAAUAAUCUUAAUUAUAUACCUAUUGCUAGCAAAAAAACAAUUGCUUGGGUAUCUUAUGACCCUAUUUUAAAGCAAUUUGAAGUGAAAAAUGACGUAUAUCACACCCAAAUAAUCCAGGAUGCUGGCGCUUAUUACUUUAAAAAUCCUGCAUCUAUUGUAAAUACAACUGAUGAACUGCAUUCGAUCAUCGACAGCGCUUACAUUGUUAUUGAUGAAUCACAAUCUAUUAGCAGUUUUGAUGCUUGGCAACGCACAUUUGGUUAUUAUCCAGUACAGAGUAGUGUAAAUAUUCCUGAUUUUAUCACUUACCGACGUGUAUAUCGUGUGAAUAAACUUGUGAAUACUGAUGGCUAUAUUGAUUGGUAUGAGAGUGCCGCUGCACGUCCUGAUAUCGCUAUGCAAGAUUUGAUUGCAAUUCAGUAUCCAACUUAUCAACCUUCUUAUAACACAAGAUGGCUUCAUAAAUUUUCGGAUAAUGAUUCUCCAACUAUAUUAACUUCGUCUGAUUGUAAGGAUCCAAAUCAACCUCAAACCUUUGGAACUUGUAGUGCAAAUAAUUUCACUGGUGAUUCUUCUUCUAAAGAUGGUUCUCAAUCUUCUGCAAAUAAUGGAUUUAAUGGUUCUAAAAAAUUAUCUCCUAUUGCUGAGGCUUUGAUUAUUACAUUUAGCAUUCUUGCCGGAUUGGCUGGUUUUGCUGUCGGUACUUGGUUGGUUCUUGUUUUCAGAAGGAAACAUCAAGAAAGAUUUAUAGAACUAAAAGAUGAACCUGAAGUUCAGAUGUCUAACGUCCCUGAACCCACGAAAACUUCUGUUUAA